AUGGAUUAUGGUGGUGAACAAAUUCUUUUAGGUGGUCGAUUAUUUCCUGUAUUAGAUAAUUCAAUUGAUAAAAAAUUCAAGAUCAUCGGGUUGCGUCUAGGUGUACAUGAAAAAUCGUCGGUUGCAUCCAGUAAAUAUACUGUUGAUUUAAAUUUUAUUGACACAUUGUUUGAUAUCGAUAAGCUGAAAGUAAUCAAUGAUCUUAAUCAACUGACAAUUAAAUUGGAUAACCCACUUGAAGCUGAUCGGCAAACAAAAACUAUAUGUCAUGCUGGUCCAGUUCGUUCAAAACAUCAUAAACUUCGACGAACUGAUUCGGAUUCAUCAUUGUCGUCGACUAGCCUCAGCAGUAGCACCUCUAUUGAGGCGGAUGAUUUACAUAAUAUCGAUCCAAAUGAUCCAAAUGUCAUGUAUAGACCAUACUAUUUGCCUCCUCCAGGUUUCAUUCUUCGUUCUCCAAACUCGACAACGUCGGAUGAUGAUGAUGAUGGCACAGAAGUACGUAUUAAUGGUAUGCCAUCGUACUUUCGAGAUUAG